CAAAGAAACCACAAUUCCUUCUUUACUAUGAGGCUUUGCAACUCAAGUACAGCCACCUCAUAUAUGAAAACCCGAUGUUUAUACACCAAAACCAUUGUCACACAUUCACUGGAUUCUACAAUAAUCAAAACAGGCUUCAACCCAGACACAUCACACUCCAACUUUCAGCUCAAUCACCUGGUCGUUAAAGGUAAACUAGCCCAAGCACACCAACUGUUCGACCAAAUGCCUCACAGAAACACUUACUCUCUAAACACUUUAAUCUCUGGGUAUGUUAAAUUGGGCAAUCUUGAUCAAGCAAGAGAAUUGUUUGAUACCAUGUCUGUAAGGACCGCGGUGUCGUGGACGAUAUUAAUGGGUGGUUAUUCACAACAUGAUCAACCUGUGGGAGCUUUCAAGUUAUAUGCUGAAAUGUGUAGGUGGGGAACACUUCCUGACUAUGUGACAUUUGCGACACUCUUGUCUUGUUGUGAUGAGACUUUGAUGACAAAAACAUUGACUCAAGUGCAUUCGCAUAUCGUCAAACUUGGGUUUGAUUGGACCCUUAUGGUGUGCAAUAGUUUAGUUGACGCUUAUUGCAAAACGGGUAACCUUGAUUUGGCUAAUCGGCUUUUCGUUGAGAUGGGGAUGAGAGAUUCUGUGACAUUUAAUGCGAUGAUAACCGGAUGCUCGAAUAAUGGAUUGAACAGUCGGGCUAUAGACCUCUUUAUAGAUAUGCAAAGUUUCAGUGUAAAGCCAUCCGAGUUUACUUUUGCAGCAGUUAUAUGUGCUUGUAUGGGGCUAAACGAUGUUCUUCUUGGUCAGCAGUUUCAUGCGCUUGUUAUCAAAUCCAACUUCGUUUGGAAUGUGUUCGUGUCCAAUGCGUUUCUUGACUUCUACUCGAAGCAUGAUUCCAUAGACGAUGCAAAAAGACUCUUUGAUGAGAUGUUGUUGCUAGAUUGUGUAUCUUAUAAUGUUAUCAUCACUGGAUUUGUUUGGGCUGGUCGAUUGACGGAAUCCUUAAAUAUCUUUCGUGAAUUACAACGGACUAAAUUCAACAGGAAACAAUUUCCUUUUGCAACAAUGCUGAGUGUAGCAGCAACUGAAACGAAUCUAAAGAUGGGUAAACAAAUCCAUGCGCAAGCCUUGGUGACAGAGGCCGGUUCGGAUAUACUUGUCGGGAAUGCAUUGGUGGACAUGUAUGCAAAAUGUGACAGAUUUCAGGAUGCUAAUGUGAUCUUUGCAAGCCUCCCCCGUGGAAGCGCGGUUCCAUGGACCGCUAUAAUAUCCGCGUAUGUUCAAAACGGAUGCUACGAUGAAGCUCUUCAGCUUUUCAAGCAAAUGCGUGAAGCUUACGUUUACGGUGACCAAGCAACUUUUGCAAGCACGUUAAGAGCUUCUGCAAAUCUGACCUCUCUUUCUUUAGGGAAACAGUUACAUUCGGUUAUGAUCACGUUAGGUUGUAUGUCGAAUGUGUUUUGCGGUAGCUCUCUACUUGACAUGUAUGCGAAAUGCGGGUAUAUAAAAGACGCUAUACAGGUGUUUGACGAAAUGCCUGUUAGAAAUACGGUCUCAUGGAAUGCGAUGAUUUCUGCUUAUGCACAAGAAGGGGACGGUGAAGCCACAUUAAGGACGUUUGAGCGGUUGAUUGAAUCGGGUCUUAAGCCAGACUCGGUGAGCUUUUUGGGCGUUCUAACCGCUUGUAGCCAUCGCGGGCUUGUUGACGAAGGUCUUGCUCAUUUUAAAUCCAUGACUCAAACGUAUAGAAUCGAUGUCAAACGAGAACAUUAUGCAUCCAUGGUUGAUCUAUUAUGCAGAUGUGGACGGUUUGACGAAGCGGAGAAAUUAAUGAACGAAAUGCCAUUUGAGCCCGAUGAAAUUAUGUUAUCUUCGGUUCUGAGAUCUUGUAGGGUCCACAAGAAUCAAGAUCUUGCUAAAAGGGCUGCGGAUGCACUCUUCAACAUGGAGGUAUUAAGGGAUGCUGCACCGUAUGUUAACAUGUCGAAUAUAUACGCAGAAGCUGGACAAUGGGAGGAUGUUAGUAAGGUGAAAAAGGCGAUGAAGGAUAGGGGCGUUAGGAAAGUAACGGCGUACAGUUGGGUUGAGGUUAACCACAAUGUUCAUGUGUUUACCGCAAAUGACAGAACACAUCCGCAAAUUGAGGAUAUUAGGAAAAAGAUUGAUGUUUUAUGGAGGAAGAUGGAUGAAGAAGGGUACAAACCAGACACAAGUGUGAUUCUUCAAAAUGUAAAUGAGGACGUUAAGGUGGAAUCUCUUAAAUAUCAUAGUGAGAGGUUAGCGAUUGCUUUUGCACUCGUAAAUACGCCAGAAGGAUCACCAAUUGUUGUAAUGAAGAACUUGCGAACUUGCAUGGACUGUCACGCUGCAAUCAAGAUUAUUUCAAAAAUUGUUGGGAGGGAUAUCAUAGUGAGGGAUUCGAGCAGGUUUCACCACUUUAGAGAUGGAUGUUGCUCAUGUGGGGAUUAUUGGUGAGUUUGUUGUUUAAUGCGAAUGCCGAAUAUACAUGUGAUAACAAGGAAUCAGAUCAAUAGUAAGGCCACCAAGCGAACAAAGUAACGAAGAAAAUGGAUUGCAUGUUAAUAACAUGAACGGCGAUUUUUUUUUUUCUGCUAAUAUAUAGAAGAUCAAUAGAGAAAAACCUCUUCUGGCCUCUUAUGUCUGCGCUGCGCAGACGUUUAGCUUUGCAGACCGUUUGUUUUUUAAAAGACAUUUCAUUAAAAAAUGUCUUCAAACCUCUGCGCGUCCUCUUCCCCACGCAGACUGCAGACGUUUUACCUCUGAAAAAACAAACAGCACCUAAGCUUGUGAUUCAUAUGGUCCUUGAUAAGAAGUAAAAACGCCUUGAGCUGACUAGAUAUUCUACAACCCAUGUUUCCAACAAUUUUGUGGCAUGCACCUCUCUUGUACUUUCUGCCAUUCUGGUCAAAAAAGUUAUAUAACUUGAGCUGUAUAUCAUUUAUUAAUUGAAUCAUUUAUGUAAAUACUGAAAAGUAUUUGACUUCUGAUUGUAACGGAAUCAAAUAUUGCUGUUA